UUUUUCUGUCGGUGUUUCUGAGCUCAUCGUCGUGUCAUCACCAUCUGUUCUUCAGGACAGUAACAUUGUACGCUUUCUGUUUCGCGGCGCAAUCGAGGAUCAAAGACAAUCGGAUAUAGAGUUCUUUUCCCCCUCAUCUUAGGACCCCAAAGAUCUAAUCGACAGGUUCAGGCUACUUCUUACACCCUGUAGAGGUUCCUGGCGGCGGAGCCGGAUAUAGGUCUUUCCUGACUCUCCGAAGCUCCUCGACCGAAAUCCUCCGCGUCUGUCAGCAGCUUCUACUGAGUUGAACUCGUCAAUAUUACCCGCCCAGCUACAUAGAUGCCAACAUCGCAUUGAAUUAAUACAUUAAAGAGGAGAUCAUGCCACAUAUUUAUUCUUCUAUUAUCCACCGCAUAUUUGGAUCGACAGGUCCGGGUAUGCUGCGACAAGUUGGACCGAACAUGGAAAGAGCAGUAUGGAGGCAGACUCUUUUCUCGAGACCGCAGCAAUCUAGAUUCUUCUCAGCUUCGAGGAUAACUACAUAUGCGAAACCGCGUCCGACAAUAAGCAAUACUUUAUCCAAUUUCUAUAACGCUUCGUUACGUUCGACCCGACGAUCAUUUCACAGAACCUCACGAUUACGAGAUGCGAAGUCCCCCCCUAAAAGCCCUGCUGCCCAAGAACCACAAGGAAUUACAGCAAGGUUAAGGAAAUUAUCUAGGGAAUAUGGAUGGGCGGCGUUGGGCGUCUAUCUAGGUUUAACUGUCCUGGACUUUCCUUUCUGCUUCUUACUAGUUCGAUCGGUAGGAACAGAAAGGAUAGGUGAGAUCGAACACUACAUAGUCUCGCAUAUCUCGAAGUUAAUACCGCAGUCCGUCCGGGAUUGGUGGAAUGAGUACAGGGAAGCUCUAAAAAGUGCCAAGAAGGAGCGACAAGAUAGCGGAGGAGUCGAUGAGCAUGACGACGCGGCUGAUUGGGGUGUAGGGGAAGCUGAGAAAAGACAUAAAGCCGAGGCCAGUCUUGGAACGCAACUGGCUCUUGCCUACGCUAUUCAUAAAAGCUUCAUCUUUCUCCGAGUCCCUUUGACUGCCGCAAUAACGCCGAAGGUAGUCAAAGUCCUUAGAUCGUGGGGCUGGAAGAUUGGGAAGCGGCCAAAUAAACCGUGAUAAAGAGUUUUCUAAAAAUCACGUGGGAUGAUUUCGGUCGCGAUCUCAUGAUCCCACCUCUACCCAUAAGUUGGCGCUUAAGCAAAGGGUUUGUAUAAUACCUAGGUCAAGAAGAUGUAACGAUCGACAUGAGACCAUUAGACUCACUCCACAUAGAACAUAACCAUCAACAGCGAUGAUUAAUAUUUAGAAUAUAUUCUAGACGAGUUGCUCGGCAA